AUGACCUCAAUGGUCUCGUACCGGUCGAACGCGCCGACUGAGGAGAUCGGAGGCUCGCAAGCUCCGGCCCCGUCGAUGCCUUCAGAUGUGCCUUCGGAAGCACCGCCCUCGGAGCCUGUGCCUUCGCAACCCUCGGAGCCGUCGCGCGUGGCAGAGGGAAAGGCUACGGAGGCUGCGGAAGAGGCGGAGGAGGCGGACGCGCAACAAGCACCGGAAGCGAGCCAGGCAUCUGCAGCUGGCAAGUCAGGUGGCCCGGUGCGGACGACCUCGCGCUCGCGGGGUAGGAGGCGGAAGAAGCGCAGUCCUGUGAAAGACAAGCCUGGCAGGCGGCGGCGGGAGCGCGAGCGCGAGCGAGAGCAGCGGAAGGGCCGUGUGCUGGGCUCCGAAGGUCCAGCACGUGCAGCGGACAGCCAAAUCCUGGUGACGGCCCCGAUCUGCCGCGAGAACCGGGCACGCUACAUGUUCGGCAACUACGACCAGUACUACAAGCAGCGUUUCGAUCGCUUUGCCGCUGUCGACCCCAGGGUCCAGGGUGUGCUGCUGAAAGCCGGCAACAUCUUUGCAGACAAGGCGGUGCUGGACAUUGGCUGCAACACAGGCUUCAUCACCUUUCUGGUCGCGGCGAUGGGCGCUCGACAGGUUGAAGGUGUGGACAUCGACGUGACCUGCAUUUCUCGCGCUCUGAGGUACCUGCGGUGGCUCAAGCACAAGGGCUGCAAGACGUUGCCCGAGGGCCCAAAGACAGAGGCCACCGAAGGUGAGGGCAAAGGCGCCAAAGUGCCGUGGUACACCAAGCAGUAUCCCGUCAGCUACGUGCAGGGUCGAGGCCACAUCCCGUACCAUGCCAAGCCGCUGGAAGAAGGAGCCUUGCAGGCUGCCCUCUCCCGCGCAAAAGUCCUGGAGAAGGCCGUCCCAGUCCCCGUGCCGCCUCCAAGGCCGGGCUUCCCCUACAACAUCGAGUUUCGAUCUGAAAAUGUGCUCUUCACACAGGUGGAGGGAAAUCGCAACGUCCAGUAUGAUGUAGUCCUCCUCUUCAGACUGACGAAGUGGAUCCACGUCAACUGGGGCGACGAUGGCAUCAAGCGCCUCUUCACCCGCUGCAACGAGUGGCUGCGGCUUGGGGGGCUUUUGGUCCUGGAGGUAAAGGACCUCGCCGGGCAGCCGUAUGCCAAGGAGAAGCAUGUCACGGCGCACACCCGCCGAUGCCCAAAAACUGAUUCAGCUGACACGUGUCGGAUAGGCAGAACCGGUCAGCCUCAUUGUGUUUCAUGUUUUUGCAAGAAGUUCUCCUCGGUCCCGUGA